AUGAACUCGAAAAUUGUUGCUAUUGUAGGAGGGGGAUUGGCUGGUUUAUCAGCAGCUGUGGAAGCCCAUGACCAAGCUUAUAACCACUAUAUUGAUGCAACCAUUCUAUUACUGGAAAAGGAAAACAAUAUUGGUGGUAAUUCAAUGAAGGCCACUUCUGGUAUCAAUGGUGUAGAACCAAAGUACAAUGAUACUAUGGGCGCGUUUUAUAAGGAUACAAUACAAUCUGGUGGUGGACAAGCUGACCUUGUAACGAAACUUGUACAAGACUCACCUUCAGCACUGAAUUGGCUUGAACAAGCUGGUGUGGAUUUGUCGGUUGUUUCCCAAUGUGGUGGACAUUCUUAUCCUCGCACUCAUCGUUGUGGUCCUGGACCGAAUGGUGCUCCUAUUCCUAUUGGCUUCAAACUGGUGGACACACUGAAAAAACGCGCUCAGAAUCUCGGGAUUGAUAUUCGGACAAAUGCUCGUGUUACUUCUAUCACGUAUAAUCAACUUCCUCCUUUAUUUACUUUGACCAUCAACAACAAUGAUAGUGAGCGUAUAUCAGUAGAUGCUUUGAUAUUGACAAGUGGUGGAUUUGGUGGACAAAUACAUGCAACUGAUCUGGAUAACAAGACUACUCUCUUGAAAGAAUAUGCACCUCAAUGGGUAGACAGAGCAACGACCAAUGGACCUUGGGCAAAUGGGGAUGGUGUGCGUUUAGGUUUAUCUCUUGGGGCAACCACUGUGGACAUGGAUCAAGUUCAAAUUCAUCCAACUGGAUUUGUUGAUCCUAACAAUCCAACUGCCAUGUCGAAAUUCUUAGCUCCUGAGGCUUUACGUGCUUAUGGUGGGAUAUUACUGUAUCAAGGACGUCGAUUUGUCAAUGAAUUGACAACAAGAGAUUUAUUGACUCAAGCUAUUUUACAAGUGACCUCUGGACAAUCAUCACCAUCUAUUUGGUUACUUUUAUCUGAUCAAGCUGGACAUGAUUUUGGUGAAUCCUCUUUGGCAUUUUAUGAAAAGAAAGGAUUGAUCAAAAAGGUGAAUAAUAAUGAAGAUGAUUUGGCUCAGGCAAUGCAACUGGAUGAUUCAUCUAUUCUAAAGCAAACAUUAGAACAAUACGAUUCUCAACAAAAUGGUAAACUGGAUUCUUUCGGUAAAUCUCGAUUUCCUACAAAGCUGGUCUCCUCUCCUUAUUAUUGGUUGGCUCAAAUUACUCCUUGUGUACAUUAUACUAUGGGUGGAUUGAAAAUCAAUACUGAUGCUCAAAUAUUGGAUAAAGAAAACAAUCUACCUAUACCAGGAUUAUUUGGUGCUGGUGAAGUGACAGGUGGUGUUCAUGGAUCCAAUCGUUUAGCAGGAAAUUCACUCUUAGAAUGUGUUGUUUAUGGAAGAACUGCCGGUAUCAAUGCAAUCAAAUCUUUAAAUUGA